GGCGCUCAUGCAGGUUGUUGCUCCCUCAUAUGUUCUACCAAGCAGGAAGACCGUCAAGGACUUGGUGGACCAGAAAUAUGAGGAGGAAAAGGAGAAAACAAAAAAGGACCUCCAGAGUGCCAUUGCUGUUACUUUAACAGCUGACAUGUGGACCUCCAUUAAUAUGGAGGCAUAUCUUGCUGUUACUUGCCACAAUAUGGAUCAAGACAGCCAUGACUUGCAUACAUCAGUCUUGGGAGUGCAGCAUUUUCCACAGAAACACACUGAAGAUAACUUGGCCAUGGUUAAAAGGAGCCUUAUGGAGGAGUGGGGCAUAGCGAGCAAGGUCAGGCGUCUGGUCACUGAUGCAGCAGCUAACAUGAUUUCAUGUGCUCGCAUACUGCAAAUACGGCAAACUAUUUGUAUUGCCCAUUCAAUCAAUUUACUUGUAAAAAAGUCAUGUGACCCCAUUACAACACUAACAGAUAUACGCAACAAAACACGGCAAAUUGUGACAUACUUUCGAUCAAGCACCACGGCCAAAGAAAAGCUUGCUCAAAUACAGCAACAGCUGGGAACACCAUUGCAUAAGUUAAUAAACGAGGUGCCAACACGAUGGAACAGCACCUACCACAUGCUGGAGAGAAUAACUGAGCAGAAGGAGGCAGUCUGGGUGUCUUUGGCCUCACUGAGAAAUGAUAUUACUCCACUGACUCCUGAAGAUUUGAUGUAAUUGAAGAGAUGCUCAGGGUGCUCUC